AUUGUUUGUAUCAUCUAUUGCUUAAUACAAAAUACAAAUAUACAGAUCUGGGGAGGAGGAGCACACAAGUGUUUGAAUCCUAAGCUUUUUCUCCAGAUCAAAUCCGGGCGAUUCAAGCCGCCUCUUACAAUCCACCGUCGAUCUGGAGCCGUUACAGGAUCCGCCGCAGACCACGGCGUCAUCCGGCACCGGCAACGGCAACGGCAACGGUAAGAUACGCUACCGUUCGCCUUCUUCCACUGAGCUUCUGGAGUCCGGUAACCAUUCCCCUACAUCCGACUCUGCUGACGGAGGUAAGAUGACGGCGAAGCGUGGGAUUGGCCGCCAUGAAUCUAUUGCUGACAAGAUCCAGCGCCAUCGUGGUCUUCUACUUGUGAUUUCCGUUCCCAUUGUCUUGAUCGCUCUUGUCCUCCUGCUAAUGCCUGGGAGAUCGACUUCUGACUCCGUCGUUGAGGAGUACAUGGUGCAUAAUCGUAAGGGAGGUCCUAAUUCCAGAGGUCCCAAGAACUACGCUGUCAUUUUUGAUGCUGGGAGUUCUGGUAGCCGUGUACAUGUUUACUGUUUUGAUCACAACUUGGAUCUUAUUCCUCUCGGGAAUGAACUUGAGCUCUUUCUACAGCUAAAACCAGGGUUGAGUGCAUAUCCUACUGAUCCCCGGCAAGCAGCAAACUCUUUGGUGUCUCUUCUUGACAAAGCAGAAGCUUCUGUUCCUCGCGAGUUGCGUCCAAAGACUCCUGUCAGAGUUGGAGCAACGGCAGGUUUGAGGACGCUGGGUCAUGAAGCAUCUGAGAACAUUUUGGAAGCGGUUAGGGAACUCUUGAGAGAUAGAAGCAUGCUGAAAACUGAGGCAAAUGCUGUUACUGUACUGGAUGGUACUCAGGAAGGUUCUUAUCAGUGGGUGACAAUUAACUACUUGCUAAGGAACUUGGGAAAACCAUACUCAGAUACGGUUGGAGUGGUUGAUCUUGGAGGGGGAUCUGUUCAAAUGGCAUAUGCUAUAUCUGAGGAAGAUGCUGCAAGUGCACCCAAACCAUUAGACGGAGAGGAUUCUUAUGUCAGAGAAAUGUAUCUGAAGGGACGGAAGUAUUUUCUCUAUGUUCACAGUUACCUACAUUACGGCUUACUGGCUGCCCGAGCAGAGAUUUUGAAAGUUUCCGAAGAUUCAGACAACUCCUGCAUCGUGACAGGCUAUGAUGGUAUGUACAAGUAUGGAGGAAAAGAAUUCAAAGGCACUGCUUCACCAUCUGGUGCGAGUCUUGACGAGUGCCGAAGGAUAACCAUCAACGCAUUAAAAGUGAAUGAUACAUUGUGUACACACAUGAAAUGCACAUUCGGUGGAGUUUGGAAUGGUGGUCGAGGUGGUGGCCAAAAGAAUAUGUUUGUUGCUUCUUUUUUCUUUGACCGUGCAGCUGAGGCUGGAUUUGUUGACCCAAAGCAACCCGUUGCGACAGUUCGUCCCAUGGACUUUGAGAAAGCAGCAAAGAAAGCUUGUAGUAUGAAUCUGGAAGAGGGAAAAUCAAAGUUCCCGCUUGUGGAGGAAGACAAUUUGCCUUACUUGUGCAUGGAUCUCGUUUACCAAUAUACUCUGCUCAUUGAUGGAUUCGGACUGGAGCCAUCACAGACAAUAACAUUAGUGAAAAAGGUAAAAUAUGGAGAACACGCCGUGGAAGCUGCGUGGCCAUUAGGUAGCGCCAUCGAGGCCGUAUCCUCACCGUGACGUGUGCAUUUUUGGGAAUUAUAAAAAAAAAACCUUAAUUCUUUUGAUUUCUCCCAAAGCUUUUUCUUUGCCUCAAUUUUUACCAUCUUUAAAAGCAACUUAUCAUUUUUAUUACAAUAAUCGUAUUUUUUCUAGAGGAAAUGGUUUUUUUUUUGCCUUAUAUUAAUAUACAUAUCUACCCUUUCCAGAUC